AUGGCACCGAUACGAAGCAUAGACGAGAAAAGCGACCUCGAUCACCCCGAGGCGGUCGCGCUCGAGACGAAGAGCCAAGGCUCCUCCGAUUCACCCACCUGGACUGUGGCAGAGGAGACGGCUGUUCGCAGGAAGCUCGACUGGCAAUUGGUGCCUGCCGUGACCAUCUUGUACCUCCUUUGCUUCCUAGACCGAAUAAACAUUGGAAAUGCUCGGAUUCAGGGAAUGCAGGAGGAUUUGGACCUCUACGGAUACCGAUUCAACAUUGCGACCAGCAUCUUCUAUGUUGUUUAUUUGACAGUGGAAGUGCCAUCGAACAUUUUGCUCAAGCAUGUCGGCCCGCGCUAUUAUCUUCCCGGCCUCGUGGUUGGGUUUGGUGCCGUCUCCGUGGCGACAGCCUUUGUGAGGACCUUCGCACAGCUUUGCGUGGUUCGUUCUCUGUUGGGGAUAUUCGAAGGUGGCACCAUGCCGGGAUUGGCGUUCUUCCUCAGCUCCUUCUACAAGAGAGAAGAGCUUUACUUCAGAGUUGGCAUAUAUGUCUCGGCCGCAUCUAUUGCUGGAGCCUUUGGAGGGUUGUUGGCCGCCGGUCUAUCGCAGGUCCCCGAUUGGGGAAUCGCAGGUUCGAGGCUGCACACUUGGCGCAAUAUCUUCUUCUUCGAGGGUCUUCUCACCAUAAUCGUUGCGAUGGCAGCCCCUAUCAUCCUACCCCAAAGCCCCGAAACUUCGAAGUACCUAAACGACCGAGAGAAAUGGAUUGCUUCCGAACGACUUCGUAUUGAGCACAAGUCUCACCCCAACGAGAAGGUGCAGGCGAAACAUGUCAAGCGCGCACUCAUGAACAUCAACAAUUAUAUCUGUGCUGCCGGGUUUUUCGCCAUCAACAUCACAGUGCAAGGACUGUCUGUCUUCAUGCCCACUAUUCUUAGGGAACUCGGAUGGGAAGCGUUGGAGGCGCAAUACUACACUGUUCCCGUAUAUGUGGCUGCUUCGCUUGUUGCUAUCGGCAUAGGUUUCAUCAGCGAUAAAACGAGGAUGCGAGGGCUCUACCUAGCCUUAUUUACGUUCCUCGGCAUAACAGGAUUUUCCAUGCUUCGAUGGGGCUCGGGCAGUCAUGUGAAAUACGCUGCUGUCUGGCUUUGCGCUCUCGGCGCUUUCCCCGGCGGGCCAGGUUUCCUGUCCUGGGGCCUUAACAAUGCAUCCGGCCCCGCCAUACGGGCUAUUUCCGGCGGUUGGAUCGUCACGCUGGGAACCAUGGGCGGUAUCCUCGCCGUCUGGGCCUAUCUCCCCAACGACGGACCUAACUUCCCCAUCGGACACACCAUCAACCUUGUCGCGCAGAUAUUCGUCUUGUUCCUCUCGAGCUUCGGCAUAUGGUACUGCCUCAGGGAGAACCGCCUGCGGGCUCGCGGCGCCCGCAACCACCGGUUGGAAGGACUGACGGAGCAGGAGAAGGCGGAUCUGGGAUAUAGGCACCCUGAGUUCCGCUACAUUGCGUGA